UUUUUUUUAUCAUUAAUACUAAUUGCGCUUACGUAAACCUUCUAUGACUAACAUCAAAAUGAUACGACGGUUUCACUUAAAGCGGAAAAUGCUUGGGAAACUUGUGGUCCUGGCCCUUAUUUGCCAUUAUACCGAGUGUAGGCCCUUAGUCAAAGGGGCAAAUGUAAAAAACAAACAGGAUAAACAUAUUAAAACGACGCCCAUCCCGUUCCUGACAAAACUGAAAGACAUAAACCGGUUCUCGGCGGAUAUGAUGCACGGGGACUACGUGGGCGCGGGCCUGGACGGCAUCGACUUCCUGGAAACCUUCCAGAACCUCAAAUGGCCCGUCAGGUUCGUCCUGAAACUCGUCGAUCGUCUCCUCAAACUGAUCCACCCUGUAUACUUGGUGAUUUUCCCGCGCGCGAGGAAUAACGGCACCUUCGUCGACAAUCUGAUGUUUUCGGUGCAGCACGGCGGCGGCAUGAUCAAAGGCGUCAUGCGGAUGGUCUCUAUGUUUCAAUAAAACCGCGUGAAAGAGUU